GUAUUAUGAUUGUCUUUGCCUCUGACACACUUAUCCGUUAACUACGAUUGCGCUCGGUCGUCGAUUUCGGUGGUUGUUAUUUUUUAUUACACAUUUUUUUUUUCAAGCAGUGUCAUUACGUAUCUGUCAGUUUGACGUUAUUUAAAAAAAAUAUAUUCAUUGGUUUUGUUUUUUGUUUAAAUACAUAUAACUUUUCCGCGAAGUGCUUCCGUGCGCCAGCCCAUUGUCACCAUAACAAACUGGACUAAAACAAUAUUAUCCAUUCUGCGGCAUCAUCGGAUCCUCGUUUAACGGCAAUUAAGCUGAACAUCAUAAUAAAUAUAUGGUCGAGUGAACGUGGUCAGGUGGCUGUUGUGGGAAGCGGACAUGCCGGUGUUAGAGAAGUCCAACAACGGGGCACUGGCGCUGCACUACGCGUCCGCCCGGGGUUGCCUGGACUGCGUUAAGUUGCUAUGUAAAUCUACUAGCGAGAUAUGUGCAAACACCCAAAUGGACAACGACGUGACGCCCGUCUAUCUGGCCGCUCAAGAGGGACACUUAGAAGUACUCAAAUUUCUUGUACUCGAGGCCGGUGGAUCGUUGUACGUCCGGGCUAAGGACGGUAUGGCACCCGUACACGCAGCCGCGCAAAUGGGCUGUCUCAACUGUUUGAAAUGGAUGGUCAGAGAUCAAGGGGUCGACCCGAACCUGAGAGACGGUGAUGGCGCGACGGCGCUACACUUCGCAGCCAGCAGAGGUCACGUGGACACGGUGCGAUGGCUUUUGAGGCACGGCGCCAACCUGGUUGUGGACAAGUAUGGCAAAAGCCCGAUAAACGACGCGGCCGAAAACCAUCAAAUGGAGUGUUUGAACAUAUUGGUGCAACACGGUACCAUGCCGGACUAUCACGACGAGAAAAAAAACGGUAGACUGUUGGGAUGUACUUGUCGUAAAGAAGAACCGAAACAGCGAUGUUCGUUUGCCGACUGCGUUAACUACAAAAAAAGUCAAGAACCGUUCUACCUUCAUCCCCCGUCACAGAACCAACCGCUAAACGGAUCCGGUCGCGGUAAGAUCGGAGUCAAGGAUGGACUUUACGUGAACCCUAUGCAACAGCCGAUACAACCGCAGCACAAAACUCCUCCGGCAAACGAGUCCACGGCAAAGGUGGUUCCUCCGCCACCUCCUCCGCCACCAGCGACAGAAGUCGUCACCAGCCACCACCACCACCACGUUAACAAUAACAACAGCAGCAACAAACCCCAAGGUCCGUUUUACCUGCACGGUCCAAACGAGGUGACCGAUGACCCGGUGAAGGACAUAUUUAUCAAAUCGCCCGCAGCCGGAAAACCGUCUUCCACGUCGUUUAUCACGACUCCUCCGCCGCCACCUCCUCCUCCGAACAUCGGCCUCAAUACCAUGACUGUAAAAGUGGAAGUGCACAGCAGUAGCAGCUCGGGCGCCGGAUCCGACGAGAACCUCAGCUCGUCGUCGUCGGACAGGGGCAGCGACCCCGGCACCGUAACCGGCGAAAACGACUACGAGGACAUAUACGAGAUCCAGCAACGGCACAGGAAUCACCCCAAGGAGUCCAAGAGUCCCAGCCGGGACUCUGGCAGCCACAGUCGGUCAGGGUCCAUGAGUUCCACGAGCAGCAGCGGCGGCGGUGGCCCUACCUCCUCUACCGUCGUGGUGAUGCACACUCACGCGGCCGUCGCAGAAACGACCCACAUGAUCGUCUCGUGUCACGAAUCUGCGGGACAGUUGACGCCAGAGUCUGGAGUGUCGAGCGGUUCACCUUCGGACGUGAGCCAUUCGGCCGAAGACUCGGACCCCGAAGUGGUUGGCACCGGGACGAGGCAUCACCAUCACACGCUACCGUUGCACCCAGCCCAUCAACACCUCCACCACCAGACGCACAAAGACCGGGCUCCGCUGAAAAGGGUGGUUUCUGAGCCGGCGACGGGCUCGUGUCCACCACCACCGCCUCCGCCACCGCCUACCACCAACUUCUAUCCGGUGUACGUGUACCGCAACGAUUCGUCUUCUGGAUCUGACGAUCAGACCAAAGAAGGAGACGAUUGCAGUGGGGCCAAAACUCCAGUGUCCUCGACCGGAAAACAGCAGCCGUUGCCGUUCAUUCCGCCAAAGUUCCCUCAGUCGGGCGCCCACGACAACGGAGGAUUGAUCAAACCGUCGCAAUACCUGAAGAGCAUCGGCUCCUCCACCGGAUCCGGGGAAGAAGUGACGGCGGGUUCGCGAUCGUCCGUCCCGCUUUUGCAAAAGACUAAAUCCGAAUUAACCAACAAACAGCAACAGCCUUUGGCCGCCAUCAGCAUACACGAUUUGCAUAGCGUACAGUUGAAGAAAACACCGGGAACGAUCAAGAUCACCAUGAACAACGGGGACAGACAACAAUCGUCCGGUGGAGCCGUAUCACCGCUACAGGCACAAAGACAAGACCUGAUUGCCGAGCUGAAGAUGUCCAGAGACAUAACCGGCAUAAAGAAAAUGAAGGUGGAAAAGGUCAAAUUAGACGAGAUGAGCGAAAAACAAAAAAUCGACCAGAUCGCCAAACAACUGUCGCCCGACAACAUUAUCGAACAGGUUCCGGAAAAAGACGGCAACGGUAACUUAAUACCCGCGUGGAAAAGACAGAUGAUGGCCAAGAAAGCGGCGGAAAAAGCUCGCAAAGACAUGGAAGAAGAAUUGAACAGACAAGCGGAGGAAAAACGCUUACAGGCUUUGCCGCCUUGGAAACGGCAACUGAUGCAAAACAAGAGUAAACACGACGAGAGACCGACUGUAGUUCAAGGGAAACCUGUCGGUUCCUCCAAAGUGACAUUCGCCGAAACAUUGCCUCAGCCAGACGGACAAAACAAGGAAAAUGACAAUCCAACGGAGUCGAUCGAAUCCGAACAGAAGCCUGAAGUUACACAACAGAAUGCUUGUGCCGACGAACCCGAAGAAGACGCCAAGAUCAUACCGUGGAGAGCUCAAUUAAGAAAAACUAAUAGCACCCUCAAUCUUCUGGAAUAAAAAAAUACUAAUAACUAAAAUAUACACAAUGAAAAUAUUAUUCUUUAUUAUUUCAUUAUUUUAAAAUUAUCAUAAAUAUGUCUCUUUUAUAUUAUUUAUAAAUGUGUAUUGUAUAAUAAAUUUAUUAUUGUUGCAUUAAAUGUCUAAGUAAAAAUGAGUAAGUGAUACAUAUAUUAUUAUAUUUAUAAAAAAUACAAAAUUAUUAUUAUUUUAUUUUAAACAUUGUCUUCUUUAUACUGUUAAUUAUUUUGUAUUAUUUAAAAUUCACAUACGUUGUAGGCACGUUAUAUAUUAAUUAUUAUAAUCGAAACUGAAUAAUAUACGUCAUAAUAUUCAUUA